GGAAGAGCAAGAUCCUGUCUCUUCAUAAGUAAAUAAUCAUUAUUCAGGAUCGCCGCAUGGAUUUCCCCAGUCCCUCCAGAACAUAUUGAUAAAACAAUGGUGUACAAUGUUUGAAAACAUAAAUAGUAAAUGCUGUGAGAAGGCACAAGCCCAGAGCUGUGGGUCUGUAGUUAAAAUUCUGCCCAAGUGAUAAUACCAUGCGUACAUACAUAGAUAAUUUUUUGCUUUAUAAAGUGGUUUUGCAUUGAGACACUGAUUUCUCUUAGACCUUCUUUCCUAAUAGAUAGGCCAGUGGGCUCAUGUCCUAUGCUUGGCUAGAAGGCAGCUCAUUUAACAACUGCUCAGCCAAGCAAGGGAAGCUCUGCUGCAGGUCCAGGAGGCCCCCAAGCCAAAACUAGCAGAAGGAGGUGGUGCCCAUUUUCACGGGGCUAGUGGAUGUUGAGGUGGAGUCAGUUGUUUUCACUGUAAUUCCCUUGGAGAAAGGGCAUUCCUACCACGAAGCCAUCAGAUCUGGGAGGGCUGAAUUAAACGGUCCAAGGAAACUGAAAAGUUCCAGCCCCUCAUUUAUAAGUGGGGAAAGUGAGGCCUGGGAAGCUGGUGACCACCCCCAACUCCCUCUCCUUCCCCUGAUGCAGUGGCAGACACAUUCUCCUCUGGCUGCGGUGGAGUAAGACCCACAGCUGUCACCAGUGUCGGGGCUGGGAAAUCACCACCGAGGAAAUGCAUCAGAAGCACUGCAGGUGGCUCCAGAGGUGCCAGCAGCCUCCAGGAAGGAUAGGCUCAAGCAGGCACGUGAAACGGGAGGGUGAGUGUGAUCAGCAGCGGCCUGUGUGGAGAUGUCAUUCACAUGCAAUUUGCAUUAGUUCCUGUACUCCUGUGCUGUCUGUCCUCAGAUGUCCAUGCUGGCCUUUUCUGUGCAACUAGCAGCUGAAAUGAGAGGGAAGAAGGAAGUGAAUGCCCAGUGAUAAGAGGAAAGAGAAAUCAAUUUCACCAAUCCAGAUCCCCAGUGAUUUUUUAUCCCAUGGGGUGACAUGUUCCCCUGACUGUCUACUUUAGCACAAACUAUGGCUACCCUCAGAAUGGCCUUUUCUUUAGUAUUCUUCUUUAUUUGCCCCAAAAGCUUCUUAUCUUUAGCUUCUGUCCCAGCUCUCUUCCAGGAUGAUAGAAGAACAAGGAAAAUAGACUUUUUAGGUGGGCAGGGCUCAGGGGGUGGUUGUGGGACAGCGGCAGUGUGAGGUCAGAGGCAUCAGAAACCAUCCUGCUGAGAUUGGCUACCCCACCUCAUACAGAGUAUCCCAGGUUAAGUCAAACAGUGCAUGCACGUUGAACCAGAGCGACUUCAGGGCAUCCGCCAACCCAAGGUGGCUUCCGGUCCGAGGUGGGGUCCAUUCGCAUGAGGAGUGCACAGCAGAGGACAUGGGCUGUGCGCUCAGAGGAGGAGGUGGCUGUCCCUGGAGGAUGUCCCUCUGAGUAAGUAGGUGAGUCCUGCUGCAGAAGGAGCCUCUGCUUCUGACACGUGCCUUGCACUUCAGCCGUAGCAGGCUAUGGUCCCCCUCAGUGUGGACUUUCCUUCUGUUGCAAGAGGGAGGCCUGGUGGGACUCUGAAACCUGGCCUGAGCCCCUCAUCUCAGUGGCCAAAACCCCCCAGGCCUGAAGCUGUGGUGACACUCUGGACCACCAUGUGGGUCCUGGGCAUUGUGACCUCAGCUGUUCCGUACACAAAGGGGUGGUCACCCUGCCCUCACCUUGACCUGUAUGUUGCCUAGGACAGUGGCCUGGUCCCGGGGGCUAUUGUGGGGAGUUGAAGAACACCCUGGCCUCCUCCAUCAUGUCGGCCAAGAGGGCAGAACUGAAGAAAACACAUCUGAGCAAGAACUACAAGGCAGUUUGCCUGGAAUUGAAGCCAGAGCCGACCAAAGUAAGAAGCUCUUUUGAGGCCAUGCCAGCAGCCAGGCCUGAGAUCCAUGGGGAAGUGACCUGGAGUCAGGGGUCAUUUGCUGAUCCUAGUGGCCAAGACCUGUGCCAGACAUUUGAUUACAAAGCAGUUAAACAAGAAGGGCGGUUUACCAAAGCAGGAGUGACACAGGACCUAAAGAAUGAACUCAGGGAAGUGAGAGAAGAGCUCAAGGAGAAAAUGGAGGAGAUAAAACAGAUAAAGGAUCUAAUGGACAAGGAUUUUGAUAAACUUCACGAAUUUGUGGAAAUUAUGAAGGAAAUGCAGAAAGAUAUGGAUGAGAAGAUGGACAUUUUAAUAAAUACACAGAAGAACUAUAAGCUCCCCCUUAGAAGAGCACCAAAGGAACAGCAGGAACUCAGGUUGAUGGGAAAGACUCACAGAGAACCACAGCUCAGGCCCAAGAAAAUGGAUGGAGCGGGUGGAGCCAAUGGAGCACCCUGUGCUCUUCACAAGAAGACGAUGGCACCACAAAAAAAACAGGGCUCACUGGAUCCCCUUCAUGAGUGCGGGCCCUGCUGUGAGAAAUGCUUGUUGUGUGCUCUAAAGAACAACUACAAUCAGGGGGAACCUUCCUUCAGAGGCCUCAGGCCUUUACAAAGGUGGAGAGGAGCCAGUGACCACCCAACCUUCUGUGGGCCAUGCUGCGCCUGCCCCAAAGUCCCAGACUGAGGGAAGGUGAAGCUUAACUGCCAGCUUGAAAUGAGAGUAAAGAAGAUACAGAGCAAACAGUGUUUCAGAAACUAUCCUGCCCUCGGUGUGAUUCUUUGGCUUCAAUUUGAAGGAGGAGGAAUUAUGGGAUUUCAUAUUUUAUUUCACACCAGUUCCUCCUUGUUUCAUCUCUUCGCUAAGCUGGCUGCUUCUACCAUCUAAUAAAUAACUGGCCAAGUUCUUUUUUUUUUUGGAAUUUUAUUAUUAUGGUUAAUUUUGUGGGUUCAUAGUAAGUGUAUAUAUUUAUGGGGUACAUGAAAUAUUUUGACAAAGGCAUGCAAGGUGAAACAAGCAUGCCAUGGAGAAUGGGGUA